ACGAACUGAUUCGUGUUGUUUUGCGCCGCAAACAUGCGGGAAGCUUGAAAUCGUACGUUCAAGUAUUUGCGAUAAGUUUCUUAGCCUCUUCAAUAUGCCGGUUAUCAAAUUACAACACGUCGUGUCCUUCAGCAGCGAAGACAAGGUUCACAAGGCCGAAAACCUCCUCAAGUCGGAGAGGUACAGAAAGUGGAAGUGUGCGACAGCUGGAGAGAAGCAAGCGUCGGUCAUUCUGCAACUGGAGAAGGCUUCCGUGAUUUCCUCCAUCGACAUUGGAAAUGAGAGCUCUGCUUUUAUCGAAGUGUUGGUGGCAAGGUCGUCGGAUGCUGCGCCGGAAUUUCAGGUGCUUCUCGUGGCUUCCUCCUUCAUGAGUCCCAUGGAUGCUCGCCAGGGCACCAAUUUGAACCGUGUGCGUAUGUUCAGCACUGACAAACUUUCCCAGACGUUUGCGAAAGAGAAAUGGGACCGUAUCAAGGUCGUCUGCACUCAGCCUUUUAACAAGAGUAUGCAGUAUGGUUUGGCUUUCAUCACUUUGCAUUCACCUGGAGAGAUGGACCCAAAGGGAGGUUCAUCUCCAAAAGCAGCCUUGGGUGGCUUCCAGCUUAAAGGUGAUGACGAUGAAACGGACCUGGCUGUGGGAAGCUGGUUUGCCAAGCGAAAGGAAAAAGAGUGUCUUUCGCAAGAUACUUCAACAAGUCCUGCUGCAAUCAAAGGCGCAUCUUUUGCAGCCACGACACUCAGAACUGCUGAAGAGAAGUCACUGAAGCCGGUACCACAAGCACUGAAAAAAGAGCAGACGAAACUGGCUGCUUCAACAGAAAGAAAUGUUGCGUCACCAUUACCGAAGACUGCAAGAAAGCCUCCUGUUGAGCAGCCCAAAAAGGCUCCAGCUGAAAAGCUUACUCCAAAGACACCAAAAGCUGAAGCAGCGAAGAAGCCAAAGGCUCAGCCACGCUUCCACGAGCUGAUGAAGGGAGUGGUGUUUGUGCUGAGUGGCUUCCAGAAUCCGGCCAGGUCCCAAAUUCGAGACAAGGCACUUGAGAUGGGAGCCAAGUACAAGGGCGACUGGGACAGGUCCUGUACACAUCUCGUGUGCGCCUUCCUGAACACGCCCAAGUACGGGCAGGUGAACGCCGCCGGGGGUCGCAUCGUCACCAAGGACUGGGUGCUCGACUGCCACCGCGACAGGACCCUCCACCCGUGGCGACACCGGAUAGCUCCGCCUCGGCGCCGACGACGCCGUCGUCGUCCCAGGAGCAGGCGGCCGUUCACACUCCCAAGAAGCGCCGUCGGCAGAGCGAUGCGGCGGCGGAAUCCACACCUGGGCGGCCUGGAGAGCGGGAGAGUUCGGGUGAGAGCGAUUUCGACGCUCCGACUGACGUAGACGCCAGUGACAAGGACGAGGAAGACACGGACGACGAAAUCGAAAGAGCGAAAAGGAAGGGAGCCGUGGCCCACGACAGAGGAAGUGGGAAGACGCAGUCACGUGAUGCCGACGUUGCCCAAUUAGAAGCCGGAGGAAGCGCCCUCGGCGACGUGACGUCAUCGCUGAACCUGCCGGAGCUGCCCGACUUCUUUAAGGGAAAGACGUUCGUGCUUUACGGCGACUUUCCCGACGACGAGAAACGGAUGCUCACCAGGUACAUCGUGGGCCACGACGGCGACCUCAUGGAAGAUAUUGACCCUUCAGUCAAGUUUGUUAUCACCAAAUCAAACUGGAGUGAACACUUCGACAAUGUGGCCCACAAACCUGUAUCGACACUUGGACGCCUAAUACCUCGUCCGAAAGGCCGUCCACCAAGAGAAAAAACACAAGGCGUUGUGUACCGAAUAGUUGUUUAG